CUUCAGAAAUUAAACCCGGAAAGACUUUAGCAAAUUAAAGCUGAAGGCCGAGGAAAUAUAAUAGGUGGUUGCCUGGAGUCGGGAAGGUUUAAUGCAAAGAAGAUAGCCUGAGGGCAGCGUGGUAAAAAAAAGACUACAAUUCCCAGUGGCUACAUCAUCUGAGAAGCGCUGCUUUCUGGGAGUCGUAGUAUCUAAGAGCUGUGUCUGAAUUAUCGCGACUAAGGAUUGCCUGUUAACAUUUCAAACGGAGAGAAGUCGGUUUGAAACGGGCUUCUUUCUAUCUCCAUAAUCGAUCGCAAGCUUAAAUAUAUAUAUUUUUUUUAAAUACAAAAAAAAUGGAAGAGACGCGACGCCUUUAAAACUAUGCCUCACUAAUCGACGACUCCUACUCUAGGAAUAGGUAGUUGAUGUUUAUGGGCUGGAUCUUGAGGAAGGGCAGCCUCGUGGUGCCUUCUGGCUGAGGCCCCGGGAAAGAAAGCGGAAGCCCGGGGAUCGACUGCAUCUUUUCUCUGACACGUGCAGCCUCAUUUUCAGAUCCCCGUUUUUGUAGUACUGAGAGACCAGAGUGCCGAUUGUCUGAUUGUUACUCAUACGUUUCUCUAGGUACGCCAUGGCUCAGCUCCAGACACGCUUCUUCACUGACGACAAGAAAUAUGCGGUAGAUGAUGUUCCCUUCUCCAUACCUGCAGCCUCUGAAAUUGCUGACCUUAGUAACAUCAUCAAUAAAUUGUUGGAGGCCAAAAAUGAGUUCCACAAACAUGUGGAGUUUGAUUUCCUCAUCAAGGGCCAGUUUCUACGAAUGCCCUUGUUCAAACACAUGGAACUGGAAAACAUCUCAUCAGAAGAAGUUGUGGAACUAGAGUACGUGGAGAAGUACACUGCCCCUCAGCCGGAACAAUGCAUGUUCCAUGAUGACUGGAUCAGUACAAUCGAAGGGACAGAGGAAUGGAUCUUGACUGGUUCUUAUGAUAAGACUUCUCGGAUCUGGUCCUUGGAAGGAAAAUCAAUAAUGACAAUUGUGGGACAUACAGAUGUUGUAAAAGAUGUGGCCUGGGUGAAAAAAGACAAUUUGUCUUGUCUACUACUGAGUGCCUCUAUGGAUCAGACUAUUCUCUUAUGGGAGUGGAAUGUGGAAAGGAACAAGGUGAAGGCUCUGCACUGCUGCAGGGGUCAUGCUGGCAGUGUGGAUUCCAUAGCUGUGGACAGCACAGGAACCAAAUUUUGCAGUGGCUCCUGGGAUAAGAUGCUAAAGAUUUGGUCUACAGUUCCUACAGAUGAAGAAGAUGAAAUGGAAGAAUCCACAAAUCGACCAAGAAAGAAACAGAAAACAGAGCAGUUGGGACUAACAAGGACUCCCAUUGUGACCCUCUCUGGCCACAAGGAAGCCAUUUCCUCAGUUCUGUGGUCAGAUGCUGAAGAAAUCUGCAGUGCGUCUUGGGACCACACGAUUAAAGUAUGGGAUGUUGAGUCUGGCAGUCUAAAGUCAACUUUGACAGGAAAUAAAGUGUUUAAUUGUAUCUCCUAUUCUCCACUUUGUAAACGUUUAGCAUCUGGAAGUACAGAUAGGCAUAUCAGACUGUGGGAUCCCCGAACUAAAGAUGGUUCUUUGGUGUCGCUGUCCCUAACCUCACAUACAGGUUGGGUAACAUCAGUAAAGUGGUCUCCUACCCAUGAACAGCAGCUCAUUUCUGGUUCUUUAGAUAACAUGGUUAAGCUGUGGGAUACCAGAAGUUGUAAGGCUCCUCUCUAUGAUCUGGCUGCUCAUGAAGACAAAGUUCUGAGUGUAGACUGGACAGACUCAGGGUUACUUCUGAGUGGAGGAGCAGACAAUAAAUUGUAUUCCUACAGAUAUUCACCUACAACUUCCCAUGUGGGGGCAUGAAAGUGAAAGAUAAAUCUGACUACAGAGAUUCCUUCUGUAAAUAAAAUCAAUAGAGAAUACUCAGCUAACACCAAGACAGAUACAGGAAGCAGCCUUUUAGAUUAAAGUUAAUAUACUGUUUCCCCCUUGAUGAUAGUGUUAUCACUGUCUUUUUAUUUUGUAUUUAUUAUACAACAGUUGUGUUUAUUAAAUAUAAAACAUGGCCUGCAUUCUCUACCUUAUGAAAACCUUUGAAAUUAAACUGAGUUUUUAAUUUUUCUUCUAAAGGUAUUGGUUUGAAUUACGAUUUGCUUUUGAAGUCCUAUAAAAGUAUGUAUUAAAAGUUCAGUAAUUGUUCAGAUUUUUAUUUCUGAGGGAGAAACUUCACUCUUUAAGUUAGCGUUUAAAAAAAGCAUCUAAAAAGAAAUAAAUUUUAACAGAAAAAAUCAGAAAUACAAUCUGUGUUUGGUAAAAAUGUGAUUCUGUAACUGUAAUAAUGUUCUUUGUAAGUAUUCAGAACAUUAAAACAUGUAGAUGUUGCCAGUUAUUAAGAAUUUGUUGAAAUAUUUUAAGUGAAGUACUUUGUUUUAAAGAUAAGUCAGGGCAGUUCCUAGCGAUCCAGUGGUUGGGACACCAUGCUCGCAAUGCUGGGGGCCAGGGCUCUGUCCCUGAUUAGAGAACUGAGAUCCCACAAGUUGCAUAACGUGGCCAAAAAUAUAAUAAAUAAAAGAUUUUAAAAAUACAUAAAGACAAGUCAGAAUCCUUUAGAAAUAGCAUACAGAUUUCAUGGUAACCAGGAAUCUCUCUCCCACACUUAUACUUGUGUAUAGAUAAGAAUUCUUCAGACAAAACCUUUCAGUAAGUUUUAGGUAAAAACAUUCUAAAAUUUUUGUACCAUUAGCACUUAUCUAAAUCCAUUUAUUAUAUGCCAGAUAUUUAAAGUAAAUGUCUUAAAAUGUGACUUUAAUGGAUUGGUAUUUCUCAAGCAGAGCACCUCUACCUCUAAAUAAUAAACAGGAAAUUAGUUUGGUCUCA